UUGUUGUAAUAAAGCAUGAGAGAACCAGAAGCCACUUGAAAUUAACACACGGAAACGCUGCGUUUUGCUACACUCUCUGCGGCUGACAUCCAAGAGCCGGGGACCUGAAAGCUUGGAGAAGCCUCGGCCUUCGGACCUAAACCCUAAACCGGAACACAACGCACUCAAAAAUUUAAAAAGAAUAUUCGGCACCAGUCACGAGCAUCUCUCAGUCGUUGUUCUCACUGCGCGUGAAGCUCUGAAUCAAUUAGGGAUCGCUCCGCCUCUCUCCGCCUCUCUCCGCCGAGCUCGAAUCUGAAACCGCCGGUGUUUUGGUGAGCGACCGAAAUCAAUAAGAAGAAAUGUCGGUGCAAGAUUACUUGGAUAACCACAUGCUCUCUCGGAAAAUCGAAGACGCCGUCAAUGCCGCCGUUAGGGCUAAGGCCUCCGAUCCCGUCCUCUUCAUCUCGAAUCAUAUGAAGAAAGCGGUACCUUCAGUGAUAACAAAGGUCAAAGCUCGGCAGAUCCUCGAUAGCAGAGGAAUUCCAACUGUUGAAGUCGACCUCCACACUAACAAAGGAACGUUUCGUGCUUCAGCUCCUAGCUCUGAUGUUUCCGGAAUGUAUGAGGCUGUUGAACUGCGAGAUGGGGACAAGGGAUUAUAUCUUGGAAAUAGUGUGACUAAAGCUGUUAAGAAUGUCAAUGAGAAAAUAUCUGAAGCAUUGGUAGGCAUGGAUCCUACGCUUCAGUCGCAGAUUGAUCAGGCAAUGAUAGACCUCGAUAAAACAGAAAAGAAGAGUGAACUUGGAGUAAAUGCCAUAUUGGCUGUGUCAAUCGCUGCUUGCAAAGCUGGAGCUGCUCAAAAGGAGGUUCCACUGUACAAACAUAUUGCUGACCUUUCUGGAAAAGGCCACCUGACCCUGCCUGUCCCUGCUUUUACUGUUAUUAGUGGAGGAAAGCAUGCUGGGAAUAAUCUGGCCAUUCAGGAAAUUAUGAUUCUCCCAAUUGGAGCUAGCAAGUUUGAGGAGGCAUUGCAAAUGGGAUCUGAAACCUAUCAUCACCUGAAGGCUGUUAUUACAGAAAAAUAUGGCUCACAUGGAUGUAAUGUUGGUGAAGAUGGUGGUUUUGCUCCCAACAUCUCGAGCGUUAGAGAAGUCUUGGAUCUUGUAAAAGAGGCGAUCAGUAGAAGGUAUAAUGAGCAAAUCAAACUAGCAAUUGAUUUUGCUGCUACUGACUUUUGCAUAGGUACAAAGUAUGACCUGGAUUACAAAUCAGCGGAUAAGGGACAAAAUUUCAAGUCGGCUGAUGAUAUGAUCGAGAUGUAUAAAGAACUUUGUAGUGAGUACCAAAUUGUGUCAAUUGAAGAUCCAUUUGAUAAAGAGGACUGGGAACACACUAAACGCUUUUCUAGCCUUGGAAUUUGUCAGGUAGUCGGAGACUUGAUAACAUCAAAUCCAAAGCGUAUUAAGAGAGCUAUAGAGGAGUCCACCUGCAAUGCUCUACUUGUAAAGAUAAACCAGAUUGGAACAGUGACCGAGGCCAUUGAAGUGAUGAAGCUGGCAAAGGAUGCCCACUGGGGAGUGGUCAUGUCUCAUAGAUGUGGUGAAACGGAAGAUUCCUUCAUAGCUGACUUAGCUGUUGGUCUCUCAACGGGUCAGAUCAAAGCUGGUGCUCCUUGCAGAGGCGAACGGCUGGCCAAGUAUAACCAGUUACUUCGAAUUGAGGAAGAACUUGGGGACGAUGCAUUUUAUGCUGGUGAGGAUUGGAGGCAAUCAUCCUGAUCAUGUCUCCCAGAUGCACACUGCAGGAAGAAAAAACAUUUUUGAGUAAAUUUUCGGAACUUCUAGCGUGCACCAAGGUUUUGGUAGAUAAAAAGAACUGGCUCCGACGCAUGUCUUUGUACUUGCUUCAUCAAAAUGCAUUUGUAUGCAGUUGAUAUAAGACUACUACGAGGAGUUACGAAGUUAUGACUGACUUGAGUGAUUGACGAAAGUGCGAUAGGCUCGACGUAUAAUCCUCUGAAUCUGAACUUUUGUUGGCAAUUUGUUGUAAUGGAAGCUUGCUUUGUUUACUGAACUCUUAAUAAUGUUGUUUGGGUAAUGGUAUUAGACAUUAUGGAGAAAAAUACGAGUAGAACCCUAGCUCGAAAUUAAUCAAAAGCCAGCCAAUCGACUUGAGACUUGUAAA